CCUAGUGCGUAAUAGUUAAACUUGCUAUUAUAGUUUAAACACAUUUUCUUCAGUGACAGUUUGUACUUUAUCGUGACCCAAGUCUUAAAAUACAAAUAAAAUCACAAACUCAGAUGUAUUAUCCUGUUGGUUAUAGUCGAUCUCUAAUGAUCUUCUUAUUGGUGACGUACGUCAUGCAAGUCGAUCGUUGUUCAGCGGACGACGAUCCGCCACCAACCACCGAUCCGACCGCCGAAGUCACCGAUGCGACCACUGCGGCCGAGGACGCAACCACCGCGGUCACCGACGGCAAGCCGUCGACGUUCACCAGGUGCAAAACGGAUCUGUACAAGUCCAUGACGGAUAUGGGCCAGGGCGUCGGCAUGAUUCUGAAGGCGAUCGGCCACGGCGCAAUGGCCGUGAUGAGCAUCUUGCUCGGUUCGUACGACGGCGUCGCCUUAUCUGCCGCGGCCACUGGCGACACGUUGGCGGCCGGCCUAAACUCGGUGAACAACGUGGCCAAUCGCGUGGUGCUGGUGCGCGACAUCGCUUCCGGCGUGUCCACGAUCGCCACCGGCCUGGCCGCCACGUACCGCAAAAACGCGGAACACAACAUCGAGAACCGCCAGCAGCUGUUCAACACGAUCGACUCGCGCCUGGACAACUACCAUCCGGAGUCCGAGCUGUUCCUGAUGGAGUCAGCCGCCAGCCAGGGCCAAACAACGGACACGACCGCCGCCGCUACCGACACAGCCGCCGCUACCGACACAGCCGCCGUUACCGACACAGCCGCCGCUACCGACACAGCCCCCGCUACCGACACUGUCAUUUCGUAGCGAUCGCACAGUACCGCAUAAUAAUAAUAUCGUAAUUUUAUCGUUAACCAUUAAACCGUUUUCCUCGUCCUCGUCCGUUCGUCUUGUACGUCCGUCAAAAACAUUACACUGUUUCGAUAUAAUCUCAUAAUACUAUCCAUCACGUGAUAAUAAUAUACGCACAUGGGCGAUGCUGAAGGCUAUGGGUGUCGGCAAUUUUAUUUUAAGGGUUAUAAAAGCGGAUAAUUUCUAUAUUUAGGUUGUACGAAAAUCUCAUACAAUACAUUAUAAUAGUACGGAAAACACUUAAAUUCAAGCGAUUUCAACAGUCCAACAAAAAGUUCACUGGGAGCAUAAUUUACGCGCCAUCAAUAUGAAACAGAAACAAUUAUUUAUUCCGUUCGAAUUUUUUUAUUGACUUUAAACGUUUCCAAAAUAAUGCAUUUAAAAUUUAUCGAACGUUUUUAAUUUUUUACCGUUUAUUAUAAUUACUUAAAUUAUAGUUUUUUUUUUUUUUUUUUUUAAUUCAGACACCAAUUCAAUUUCAAUAAAUUCUUUAUCUUAAAAAAAAAAUAAAGUUACCAUGAUGAUGUUACUUUUGUAACACGGAGACAAAAAUUAAAUUUCCACGUCCCCUCAACUUAUUUUAAUUGUUCAUUUUUAAUAAUUUAAGAUAAAUUUCUGGAGUUCUUCUUCCAUCUAUAUUCUACUCAACUAUUUACACCGGCAUACAAGUUAUAUUAAUUAUAGUUUUUGGAAAUAGUCCUCUAUUUUGGCGGGUAUCUUUCGUUUGUCCGUAUUUUACUUUUUUUAGUUUUUUUUUUUUGUAUAUAUCUAGACGAUAGUUACAAGCUUAAUAAUUAUUUAUUUAUUUUGAU